AUGACGCCUUCUGUCCCCCUAGUUCAGGCGAUUCUUAGUCGCACCAGCCUUCCCAUCGAGUCCAUUGCCCUGGCUGUAUGCCUUCUUGACGCGCUGGACCACCGCUUUGCCUUGUCGUGGCGUCUAUCUUGCCCGCUGUCUGGUGUGCAAGCGAAUCUCACCGCCAACAAGCGUCACACUCUCCCGAGCAGCCCGGUUGAGCAGCAACUGCACAUCGACUCUGUCCACCCCGAACUCAUUAUCCUCGCGGCGUUGACCAUUGCCGUCAAGUUCCUUGACGAUCCCCAGUCCUCCACGAGACACUACUGCUCUGCCUGGGGAGGAAAUAUCUGGUCGUUCGAACAGCUCAAUACUACGGAACGGUGCAUCAUGGAGAAUCUCAAUUAUCGGAUAAUGCCUUUCUGUGACGAGGACGUGCUCGAGGAUGCGAAGGCGGAUAUGCAGUUUGCCAUGCUACAGGGACCACACUACCAUGCCGACAUCUACGAAGACGAGGAUCCGUAUCAACCUGCCGAGGUGAACGCAUACCCCAGCCCGGAUAGCUCUUCUCUGGACGAGAGCGUGGAGAGUUUGUGCGAGGAGACGAUCAGUGACAAGUGCGGCAAAGCCAUGGUGGGGCUUGGGCUCAGCUUGACGCCAGACGAGACGCCCCCAUCGUAA